GGCAUCCACUUCUCUCCACACUUCUCUCUCCUCCCCUCUCUCUCUCUCCACAGACAUAAAUACAGAGCUCGGUUGCUAUGGCGACGUUCUCAUCUUUCGCCGCCAUUUCUACUGCUCCGACUUCCUUGAAGAGAGAUUCGUUGUUUUCUCGUCCGUUCUGUAAUCAUUACCAAUUCCCUUCGAAAACCUGUGUGGCCAGGUUUGGUGUCAGAUGCAGUUAUGCGGAUGCCAGUGUUAGGGAAGAUUUCAACUCUGCUGCAAUUGAUGUUGUCGCUGACGUGAAGACUGAGCAAGUUGUAGUCUUAGGAGGCAGUGGUUUUGUUGGUUCUGCCAUAUGCAAGGCUGCAGUAUCCAAGGGCAUAGAGGUCAUAAGUCUAAGCAGGUCAGGGCGACCUUCAGACUCAAGUUCAUGGGUAGAUCAGGUUACUUGGAAAUCAGGAGAUGUUUUUUAUGUAAACUGGGAUGACGUUCUUGCUGGGGCUACUGCAGUGGUUUCAACAAUUGGAGGUUUUGGCAAUGAAGAACAGAUGCAAAGAAUUAAUGGGGAGGCUAAUGUUGUUGCAGUAUCUGCUGCAAAGGAUUUUGGAAUUCCCAAGUUCAUCUUGAUCUCAGUGCAUGAUUAUAAUUUACCAUCGUUUCUACUUUCAUCUGGAUACUUCACUGGAAAAAGGAAAGCGGAAUCAGAGGUUCUCUCCAAAUAUCCAACUUCUGGUGUUGUCUUAAGACCAGGUUUUAUAUAUGGGAAAAGGCGGGUGGAUGGCUUGGAGAUCCCUCUGGAUCUGAUCGGGGAGCCAUUGGAAAGAUUCCUAAAUGCUACUGAAAACUUCACUAAACCCUUGAGCUCUCUUCCGUGCUCUGACCUACUAUUGGCUCCACCUGUUAGCGUCGAUGAUGUGGCACUUGCAGUGAUAAAUGCAGUCGUAGACGAUGAUUUCUUCGGCAUUUUCACAAUAGAGCAAAUCAAAGAGGCUGCAGCCAAAGUGAGGGUGUGACGUAGAAUUCUGGACAACAAAUAUAUAGGAAGCAACAAUUAUAUCUUUACUGCCAGGUCCAAGUAACUUUGAUGACUUGGUCGUUCCCCUUUGUAAAGAUGUAUUCGGAUCCCUUUUCUUUUGUUCUUUGAAUUGAUUGGGAAAAUGUAAUCAGGGCCUUUGUGAAAUGAAUCACAGAUACCCCUAUCA